GGAAGUGCUGCACCUGUUGAGGUAAAAGUCUGUUCCUCCCGCCGGAAACUUUGACGGCUCACCUGGUCUACCUGGACCCACCGACCCGCUGGGGAGGUUCUGGACGUUCUGCGGCGGUUCUGGAAGAAGACCGGGUUAAUGGAUAAACUGAAGCAGGUUCUGGGCGGACAGGACGGCGGCAGCAGUUCGGAUGGGAGCGGCAUACUGGAGAGAGCCAAUCAGGCGUCCACUCUGGCCUGGGGGACCCGGAUGAAGGGCUUCCUCAUCUGCUUCAUACUGGGGGCCGUCUGCUCCAUACUGGCUACCUGUCUGCUGUGGAUCCCAGGGUUUGGACUUCCUGUGUUCGCUGUCCUCUACACCAUAGGAAACCUCUGUGCUCUGGCCAGCACCAUGUUCCUGAUUGGUCCGUUACGGCAGCUGAAGAACAUGUGUGCUAAGGUCCGAGCCCUGGCCACCGUCAUCAUGCUGGUCUGCCUGGUUCUGACUCUGUGUGCUGCGUUCUGGUGGAAGAACAACGGCUUGGCGCUGCUGUUCUGUGUGCUGCAGUUUCUGGCCUUCACCUGGUACGGCCUGUCUUACAUCCCAUUUGCCAGGGACGCUGUCAUCAAGAUGUUCUCCCUCUGCAUGUAGAGCCACCAAUCAGGACGCAGGAUGCUGGGGUGUGUAUCCAAUCAGGAGUCAGGGUUUUAUUUAUUAAUAAUCACAUUUUAUUUAAUUCUCCAUUUUAACAGAAUAAAGCAGCUUUAGUUUCAUAUUAUUGCAUUUCAGAUUCAGGCUCUUAGAACAGAAACACUAGAGGACAACUGAGCACCGUUUGAUAAAAAUAGGAAUCAAAUCAAAAUAAAACCUGAAACGUUUAUUUAAAACUACCAUGGAGUUUUAGAGCCAUGGAUUAUGACUUUAUUCACAUAUUGUGACGUUAUUCUUGUGUUAUUAUGAUGUUACUCUCAGUUGUUGCAACUUGACUCUCAUAAUUUCGAUAAACUAAAUUAUUUUAUACUGACUCUAAUCCCACAUUGUAAAAACAAAUGAACAUAUGAACCGGUUACAUUUUAAAGCAUCUUGGUCACAUUUCUGUUUAUAAUAUUUAAUGUUCUGAUCAGAAACACUUCAGAUUUACUGAAUUAUUCAGUUUGUAUCAUAAUAAUAACACUACAGUGUCUGAAUGUGAGCCAGUUAUUCAUUAUUAUUAAUAUGUUACUGUAACAAGUCCAGUUGGUCCUGAAUGAGUCAAAUCUGCACAAAUAAAAACAAAGAUUUUCAUUUAUGGAACAACAGAAAGAUAAAAAAAUGAAUAAAUGAAAAACAAAACAUG